ACAAUAAAUAAUCGGAAGUGUAACCAUAACAAAAAUAAACCCUAUUUUCGCUGUGAUCCACAUUGAUUAUAAAUCUUAAUAUAAAUUAUAAUAGAUCUUAUGGCAAUUCGGAAGAGUAUCAACUUACGAAUAGCAAUGUCGAUCAAUAAUGCACCAAUGGGGACCAUCGAGUAAAAAAAAAAAAAAAACCUACAAAACACAACACUCGAAAUCUCUCUUCGCGCCCAAAUUUCUCAAUUAUAUUUCUCUCUCUCAAUAUUUUUUUAAAGCUAUAUCUUUCCUCUUCUCUCUUCAUCUUGAUCUUCACGCUUUAGAAUAAUAGCCUUAAAUAUAUUCAGAUGUAUACAUAUAUAUAUGUAUAUAAAUGAAUAUAUACGCAUAAUCUGUAGAUAGGUAUAUACAUGCAUGACUAUGUGACAUCCGUGUACAUGUAUUUUGCGGCGCAAUCCUAUAAUAUUCGUUUGCUGUGAAAGAUGUCCGGUAAAAUAAAAUUAACAGAUGGUAGAAUCAGACUUGACCACCGGAUCAAAGAUAAUAAUCCAGGAUUAACUAUCCGAAGCAAUGACGUGACUCUGUCCUACCACCCUAAGAGAGACAACUACUCAGAUUUUAGAAGACGUGAAAAAGAGAGAAGGAAAAGAUACGAAACGAAGAAAUCGUUGGAGAUCGAUAGACUAAAGACUGAAAAACUGCAAAUGAAGAUGAUGGAAGCAGCAAUAGCGUCAGAGAACACAAAGCAAUCCAUAGCUGGAGGUUUCGAGAAUAUUUCGGAGACAUCUCUUUGCAUUGGUACUUCGGAUAACACAGCAACCAACGUAAUGUCAUCGUUAAAUCGAUGUCGGAAAAGGAAAGAGAAGAUGAAGAAUGAACGGAAGAGAUUCGAACAGUUGAAGUCCUUCAAAUCGUUCUACUGUGGAACAGUUGAAACGUCUUCCGAUUCGGAAUGCUAAGGAUAUUAUAAUUUUUGGUAAUUUAUUCUUAAACAAAAAAUGGUAAAACUUAAAUAAACAUAAACAACAACAAUAACAAUAUCAAAGACAAACGAUAAGUUAUUGGAUUUUCGGACAAUUUCA